AUGGUUUGGAUGCUGUUCAUCGCCUGCAUUCUUUCAAUUUCCAUUGAAAAUCAGCAAAUAGCCGUUUUAUGCGCCUGUGUGGAUCGAGCACCGCCAAAUAAACCAUCUUCUUGUCCACAACUUGCGCAUCUAUGUAAUAACUCGUUGUAUUAUGAAGUAAUGGCAUUGCAAUGUCCGAAAACUUGUCAUCAUUGUUUGGAAAAUGCCACUCCCAGUAUAUGCCAGGAUAAAGCACCACCCAAUGCACCGUCCCAAUGUCCCGACUUUGUUUCUCUGUGCAAUGAUCCAUUGUAUCGGGAUCUGUUAAUUCAAGAAUGCCCAAAGACUUGCUCUCGUUGCUGA